UCUCUCUCCCAGGAACAUGGCGGCGAGUCAGGGAGGUGGUGGGAACAGUGGGGGCGGCGGCUGUGGUGGAGGUGGAAGUAGCGGUGGCGGUGGCACGGCCGGAGGAGGAGGAGGUGGUAGCGCCGGAGGAGGAGGAGGCUGCAGCGGCGGUGGAGGUGGCGGGUCCCUGGUGGUGCCCAUCCCGGUACCGAAUCUCUUCGGUCAGCCGUUCCCCAAUGGGCCUCAGUGGAAUCCCGGCAGCCUGCAGCCUCAACCCACCGUGCGGAGCCUGGACCGGGCCCUGGAGGAGGCGGGCAGUUCUGGCAUCCUGAGCCUCAGUGGUAGGAAACUCCGAGACUUCCCGGGCAGCGGCUACGACCUGACCGACACCACCCAAGCAGAUCUUUCCAGAAAUCGCUUUACAGAAAUUCCUUCUGAUGUUUGGCUAUUUGCACCACUUGAAACAUUAAACUUAUACCAUAAUUGCAUCAAAACCAUCCCUGAAGCCAUUAAAAACCUACAGAUGUUAACAUACCUUAACAUUAGCCGAAAUCUUUUAUCAACAUUGCCAAAAUACCUAUUUGAUCUUCCUCUUAAAGUUUUGGUUGUCAGUAAUAACAAACUGGUAUCCAUUCCAGAAGAAAUUGGAAAAUUAAAAGAUUUGAUGGAGUUGGAUAUUAGCUGCAAUGAGAUUCAGGUCCUUCCCCAACAAAUAGGAAAAUUACAUUCACUUAGAGAGCUAAAUAUAAGAAGAAAUAAUCUUCAUGUUUUGCCUGAUGAAUUAGGAGAUCUUCCCUUAGUCAAAUUGGACUUCUCCUGUAAUAAAGUGACUGAAAUUCCAGUUUGUUAUAGAAAGCUGCAUCAUUUACAAGUUAUAAUUUUGGAUAACAAUCCAUUGCAAGUACCACCAGCACAGAUAUGCUUAAAAGGUAAAGUACACAUAUUUAAGUACUUAAAUAUCCAAGCAUGUUGUAGAAUGGAUAAGAAACCAGAUUCCCUGGAUCUACCAUCAUUGAGUAAAAGAAUGCCUUCUCAGCCUCUCACAGACAGUAUGGAAGAUUUUUAUCCAAAUAAAAAUCAUGGCCCUGACUCUGGGAUUGGAAGUGAUAAUGGAGAGAAACGGUUAUCUACAACAGAACCAUCAGAUGAUGACACAAUCAGCCUUCACUCUCAAGUCUCAGAAUCAAACAGAGAGCAAAUGUCAAGAAAUGAUAGCCACACAAUAGGAAACAAGCCUGAUUCUCAGAAAGACCAGGAAGUAUAUGAUUUUAUUGAUCCCAACACAGAAGAUGUAGCAGUUCCUGAGCAAGGAGAUACACAUGUUGGAUCAUUUGUCUCCUUCCUUAAGGGAAAAGAAAAAUGUUCUGAGAAAUCUCAGAAAAACGAAGAAUCAGGAAAUGAAAAAAGACUUGAGAAAGAACCAUUACUUCCAGAAGAAGACGAUGAUAACUUGAAGGAAGUAACUGAUUUGAGGAAAAUAGCUGCUCAGUUAUUGAAGCAAGAACAGAAGAACAGAUGGAGGCCUUUAAGUUAUAGAGCAUCAUUCAGUGACAAACUCUUCCAGAGGACCAGAGCAGCAGGACGGAAAUCAAGGAUUCUCAACCAUUCAACAUCUGUCAUGAGAAAUAAGCUGAAACAAACUGUGGAAUGUGAAAAGAGUGUUUUAACAGAUGAAGUUAAUUCACCAUUAUCACCCCUGACAUGGCAGCCCUUAGAAAACCAGAAGGAUCAAAUACUUGAGCAACAGUGGCCAGAAUCUCAGCCUAUAAUUUGGCAAAAUGAAGAAAGGAGACGGAGCAAACAGAUAAGAAAAGAAUAUUUCAAGUAUAAAUCCGCAAGGAAGAGUUCAAGCGGCAAUGAAAAUGAUGAGCAAGACAGUGAUAAUGCUAAUAUGUCACCACAGUCUCCAGUCUCAUCUGAGGAGUAUGACAGAACUGAUGGUUUUUCACAUGGCCCCUUUGGCUUGAAGCCUAGAUCAGCUUUCAGCCGCUCAUCUCGCCAGGAAUAUGGGGCAGCAGAUCCAGGAUUUACAAUGCGAAGAAAGAUGGAGCAUUUACGGGAAGAGCGAGAGCAGAUACGACAACUUCGCAAUAACCUUGAAUCCAGAUUAAAAGUAAUUUUGCCUGAUGACAUUGGAGCUGCAUUGAUGGAUGGGGUUGUUCUAUGCCAUUUAGCCAAUCAUAUAAGACCACGCUCUGUGGCUAGUAUCCAUGUACCAUCACCAGCAGUGCCCAAACUGAGCAUGGCAAAGUGUCGAAGAAACGUAGAAAAUUUUCUUGAUGCUUGCAAAAAGUUGGGUGUUUCACAGGAAAGACUCUGUUUGCCCCAUCAUAUUUUGGAAGAACGAGGUCUUGUGAAAGUUGGUGUCACUGUUCAAGCACUCCUUGAAUUACCUACAACCAAGGCAUCUCAGCUUUCCAUGGCUUGAUAUGAGAUUUUUUUUAAAUCAUAAGUAUAUAGUUUACUUUAUUUGAAGUGAUUUCAGUUCUCUCAAAACCAUGAAUAAGAAUGUCCAGUCAAAAAUAGUUUGCCUUCAGUCAAGCCUUAGGUCUUUAAAAAAUUACAUUAAGAAAGCAGACUUAAAAACUACAAAAGAUAUCACACUUAAACUUUGAAUUGCCCAAGCCUCUUUUGGAGGAAAAUUGGAUCAAUUUAAUGAGUUUUUGAAAAUUUUAAGUUCCCUGUUUACUACAUGAGUUAAUAAUCUUGACUGGUUUUUGAAACUCAGAUUGAUACGAAAAUAAAAUAUCCUUUUUAAUUUAAUAAUCACAUUAGGCCUAUUUUUUAUAGCAUAGCAUUCUAGUAAACAUCUAGGCAGAAGCAAUCAUUUUUAACACAAUUCUAUAUUUGAGUUAUCUCAUAUACUUAUAGUUUAUACUCAAUUUCUUCAAUCUUUUGUCAUUUCUUCUUAGAAAACAUGAGUAGGAAAACCAGAGCUCUGGCAUUAUAUUAAUUUCUUUUAGUAUUAUAGUUUGGUGCCAAACUAUUUUUUAUUUGUACUGUAGAUUGUUUACAUGUGAAGUGCCUGUGUAAUUGAUGAAUCUUAUAUAGUCUUAAGCAUUUUUGAAAUUUCUUUUUUUGUAUUAAUAGAAUCAAUGGCAUUUUAAAAUAUUUUAGUAGAUUUUGUAAGGUCUGUAAUUUGUGAGGAUUUUAAUGUGCCUCACAUUGAAACAUUCGUAGUUUUUUAGUUAAUCCAUUGCAGCUUUUCUUAAAUUCAUUAUUUCAUGUUGUCAAAAAUGUUAAUAUGCUUAAUUUAUGCUAUUUAAUUUUGCAAAACUUAAUCAUCUUUUGAAAUGUAUUAUUUGAAGAGUAUUUUAUUUCUGUAUUGAAAAUGUUACACAAAGCAGUAAGAUUUUUGAGAACUAGUGAAGUGCUAACUAUCAAGGAUGUUUUUAUACAACUGCCAAAGUUUGAAUUUUGUCUUGACUUUCAGGAACAUUCUGUUAGUGCUGCCUUUAGCUAUGUUAAACAAGCAGCAUUUGAAAAAUACUUUUUUAAAAAAAAAACCUUGGCCAUUUAUGAGUCAUGUAUACCUUAUGAUUUUAAAUACCUUGAUGUUGAACUAAAUACAGACCAUUCCAUAAAUACUUUCAUGAGAUAGUAUGUUCCAUAAAGUCCUUGUUUGAGUUAGAUGUGGAUAAAUUUAUGUUGAUAGUGGUGCAGGAAUUUUCAAAAACAUUACUGUAAUUAAUAACUCAGCUUCCUGUAGAAAAACUUUAAUAAUCACUUUUGUAGUAGCCAAGUGUCAUAUCUUAAAUAUGUGAUCAUUUGCACUUGUUACCUCUUAAUAUGGAUGCAACUUAUUAAAAAUGUGGACCUGGGUAUUUCAAAGGGCAUUUAUAAAAGGUAAAAAGUAUUGUGCCAAAUGGUAUGUUAAGGGUUGGUUUAGAAACAACUCUACUUUUUUUUUGGUCGGUUUUCAUGAAGUCAUAUAAUUAAAUUUUAGCUUCAGAAUGCAGAUACAUUCGUUACAUUCCCCUGUAGGGUUAAAUUGGAGCUAUUAAAGAGUUAAGGCUUCUUAUGACUAUAAGACUUAGGGAUUAAAUUAUUAAUAAUUUAUUACUUUAAGUAUUUGAGCUAAUUAGUUACCAUUUUUCAGUUGGUUUUAAAAAUAACCCUCAACAACAUAAUCAGUUUUCCUACUGAAAAUUCAAAUAAUGUAGGCAAGAGAUAUCUAGUUAGCAAUUAGGUGAUGAGUUUUUAAUUUAGAAUGUUAACAUUACAAAUAAAUAUCAUUUAAAACCUAUAGCAACCAUUCAUACUUAUUUAAUGUUCUCACACUAUAGAAUUCUUAUUAUUAGUUAAUCUCGUGUUAUUCCCAUAUAUUCUUAUUGUUAAUUAUCAUCAAAAUUGUUGUGAAAUUGUAAGCCAUUUUCUUACCAUAUUUCACUUGUCAGUUAAUUGUUAUUAAAGAAAAAAUCCACCAGUGCUUCACUCUUCAUCUGAGGUCCAUACCACGAUAGUUCGAUUAUUUUUUGACAAAAGGCAACACCACCUCUAACUCAGUUUCACAGCAUAGUCCCCAAUGGCAACAUUGUACUGAGGCCCUGGUAUAUCUCUCAGUAGUUUUUAAGUGUAAAUUUUAUCCUAAAUAUCUUUAUAGUUAUUAUGUAUUUACUUUAUCUGUUAUUGAAUUAAGAAUGAUUAUCAUUAUCUGAAUGGGCUUGUGAUUUGAUAAGAAUUGAAUAAUCAAACUAGAAUAUUUUACUGGCCCUAAAUAUUCAAUAUAUAACUAUUUCUGUUAAAUUUUAUGACCCUAUGGCACAAGAAAGAAGUGAUGUUGGAUAUGUUAGAAUUGAAAUGAGUAAAAAUGCAUAAUUGUUUGUUUAAUUCUUAUCUUUAUAGAAUGCUAGUUUAAUGACUUUUCUAACUGAAAUUUUUGAACAAUUCAGAAAUGUUUGUAUUAGUCACAGAUCUAUGAUAAUUGAUUUUCUGAUGCAUUUAAAAAUAAAUGGAACACUAAAUGUAUAUUACCGAUGCAAACUGUGGAUAAAAUUGAAUGAAAAAAUUAA